ACGGCUGUCUAUAUACAGCGGCGCGGCGGCGGUUCCGGGCACAAGUCGGGUGGGAGCGCCGCCGCGGGGACGAGCGAUGCCGGAGAGCGGGGCCAAGGUGAUCGCCAAGAAGGGCGCCAAGAAGGCGGCGUCCAAGUCGCACCACAAGGGCGACAAGCGCCGAAAGAAGGCGCGGCGGGAGAGCUACGGUAUCUACGUGUACAAGGUGCUGAAGCAGGUGCACCCGGACACCGGCAUCUCCUCCAAAGCCAUGAGCAUCAUGAACUCGUUCGUCAACGACGUCUUCGACCGCAUCGCCUGCGAGGCGUCCCGCCUGGCGCACUACAGCCGGCGGCACACCAUGUCCUCCCGGGAGAUCCAGACCGCCGUCCGCCUGCUGGUGCCCGGCGAGCUGGCCAAGCACGCCGUCUCCGAGGGCACCAAGGCGGUCACCAAGUACACCAGCUCCAAGUGAGAGGGAGGGAGGAGGUGCUCCUGUCGUCAACCAAACGGCUCUUUUCAGAGCCAACUGUCAAUCACUCUGUUCAGGAGAGCUCUUGGCCAAUGCGACUAAUGCUCCACCCAAUCUCCAUUACUUCCCAUAUGGUGGCUUACAUGGGUUCAAGGGGGCAACUUCUGCCUGAUACAUUUCCCCCGUUUAGCUACUGCCCUGAAGUUUAGAACCACCUGUUAAGAUAUUGUAGACCUCUCUGCAGGAUCAGAUGGUGGUCUGUCAGGGGUGUUGUUAGGGCAGAUUACCUGCCCCUCUUCCACAGUUAUGUCAGAGCUUAGGUGUCCCUGGAGAAGGAGACCCUUAAAAUUUUUGUGCAGAGGUGGGCAGUGCAAGGGAGUGUUUUAUUUUUCCCUCCAACACUUAUUUUGAUUUAAUCCCUGCUCUCGCCUUCUCCUUUUGAUCACGCAACGUUACCCUGACUGGAGAAGAACACUGCUUGGCACUGGCCACUCGGGUGUUUCCUUUCUUCCUGCCGAUGGAACGUAAAAUAAAUAUUUAAACACUUGUUGUUUUUCACUGUGUCUGACAGCUGCGUCUGCGCUCUCACCCUAUUGCUAUUAGGUGGUCGGGGAGGGGGGGGAAGC